UUGUCAGAUUUAUUUGUCCGCCAUAUUUGCCAAAGACAAAUACGACGCCGGUCUUUUCCGCCCGAAGCGUCAGUUGUUUCAACGCGGAAAAUUGGUAAAUGAUGGCAGCAAAUAACUAUUUCGGGUUUACUCACGGAGGGACCCAAUAUGGCGCCGCAACGGCGAGUGCGGCAUAUGGCGGGCAGACUGGAUACGCCGUAGCGCCAGCGGCCACCGCGGCCACGUACGGCACGCAGCGCGCCACAGCAACUGGCUACGAUACCGCAUACCAGGCUGCGGCCGCCACACAAGUGUAUGGCGCGAGCGGCGUAGUAUCAUCAGCGGCGGCGCACGCCCACGCGCACGCGGCGGUGGCGGCGGCGUCCGCGUACGACGCCAGCAAGAGCGCGUACUACCAGCAGGCUGCGGCCGCGUAUCCCACUGCCGCGCCGCCGCAACCACAGCCCACGUACGAUACAUCCGCCGCCAAGCCGGCCUACAGCACACCGGCCACAUACGCACAGGUUAUAAAUGUACAGGGAGGCGCACGCGCAGCGGUUGGCACGGCCAAGACCGCUUACGGAGGCGUGUAUACCGCCACCACCGCGGCCACCUCUUACCCCACGCAGGCGUACACCGCAACGGCCGCACAAACCGCUAAACAAACCACCAACAGAGGGAACACUGCAUAUGACACAGCAUUGUACAACGCAGCUACCAUGUAUGUAGCCCAGCAGAACAAAACCGGCGGUGGGGGCGUGAACGUGGUGUGUUCCAGUGGGUGGAAGAACUACAAGGCAAGUGGUGGCGCGGGCGGAGCGGCGCGCAGAGCCAAGCCGCCGCCCAAGGCGCAGCAGUUGCACUACUGUGACGUUUGCCGCAUCUCUUGCGCAGGACCACAGACGUACAAGGAGCACCUGGAGGGACAGAAGCACAAGAAGAAGGAGGCGGCGGUGAAGCUGGCGGCGGCGGGGUCGGGCGGGCGCGGCGCGGGCGGCGCGCUGCGCUGCGAGCUGUGCGACGUGACGUGCACGGGCGCCGACGCGUACGCGGCGCACGUGCGCGGCAUCAAGCACCAGAAGGUCGUCAAGCUGCACACCAUGCUGGGCAAGCCCAUCCCGUCCACCGAGCCCACCAAACUCGGCGCCGCCAAAAAGACCGUCGCCGGAACGCCGAAGAUCGCAUUCGUGGCGUCGGGGGGCCUGAGUACAGUGGCUGGCACCUCCACCAAUGAGAACAAACCUGCAGGCGACAAGGACAAGGAGGGCGACGACAAGGACGAUGACGAGACUGAGCCCGAGGUGCAGCCCGUGGGGCAGGACUACAUCGAGGAGAUCCGCGGCGACGACGGCAAGGCGCUCAGCUUCAACUGCAAACUGUGUGACUGCAAGUUCAACGACCCCAACGCCAAGGAGAUGCACAUGAAGGGCCGCCGACAUCGCUUGCAAUACAAAAAGAAGGUGCAGCCCGACCUGGAGGUGAAGGUGAAGCCGUCGAUGCACCAGCGCAAGCUUGCGGAGGCCAAGGCACAGCGCUUGCUCGUACGUGAUGAGCUCUGGGCCAGGAGGCGCAUGCACGACGGCAUGGAAGAAGAUGAGCGCAUGUACUGGGAGGGCGGUAUGGAGCCGUGGUGGCGAGGACCCCACCACCAUCACCAUCAUCAUGGCAUGGGCAUGGCGUACGGUCCGGUGGCGCGGCGGCCGGAGACGUCGGACGACCGCCACGUGUUGGCCAAGCACCAGGAGAUCUACCCGGGCGAGCAGCAGCUGCAGCACAUCCAGCGCGCCGUCUCACACACCGAGAAGGCGCUCAAGUCGCUCUCCGACGCGCUCGCCGACCACGCCAAACCCAAGACUCCAGGCAAGGGACCAAUCAAAUCUGAAGAUAAGAAAGAUGAAAAACCAGAGGGAAAAGAAGACGGCCGCGACAAUCAAUUGUUCUCGUUCGUGUGCGAGGGCGAGGGCGCGUGCGGCGCGGCGGGCGGCGAGGGCGCGCGCGCGCUCAAGGGCGUCAUGCGCGUCGGGCUCGUCGCCACCGGCCUCGUGCUCAAGGGCGACCGCGACGUGCAGCUCGUCGUGCUGUGCCACGACCGCCCCACCAUCGCGCUGCUCAAGCGCGUCGCCGCCGACCUGCCCGCCCAUCUCGCCAGGGUCAAGGGACCCGGCGACGAACCCAAGUACAAGGUGGAGCUGCUGCCGGCGGAGGGCGCGGUGCAAGUGUCUGACGGCGCGGUGAACGUGUUAGUCAGCCUCACGUCGGCUGUGAUGCGCGAGCCCGCGGACGGUGGCGACAUAAAGCGAGACGACAAGGAUGUGCUACCGCGGCAGAAGUGUUUGGACGCGUUGGCCGCCCUUCGGCACGCCAAGUGGUUCCAGGCUAGAGCGGCCAGCCUGCAGUCCUGUGUGAUCAUCAUCAGGAUUAUGAGGGACCUCUGCAGGCGCAUACCCAACUGGACGCCGCUCAAUCCAUAUGCGAUGGAGUUGCUGGUGGCGGGCGUGCUGUCGUCGGCGGGCGCGGCGCUGUCGCCAGGAGAGGCGCUUCGCCGCGUCAUGGAGGCAGUGAGCGGCGGUCUGCUGCUCGACCACGGACCAGGCUUGAGGGACCCCUGUGAGAAGGAACUGGUGGACGCCCUUGGCAACAUGCCGCCGCAGAAACGCGAAGAUCUGACUGCCUCGGCGCAGCAAUUCCUCAGACAAAUUGCCUUUAGACAGAUCCACAAGGUAUUGGACAUGGAGCCUCUUCCGAAGCUGAAGCACGCUACCGGUGGCUGGAAGUUCCCCCGCAAGCGCAGGCGCUCUAACACAGAUGCAGAGACUGACCAACCCAAUGGCGAGGGUAAGGUCGUAAAGACGGAGGAGAAAGCGGACGCCUCGGACGCUCCGGUGGCGGUGAAAAAGUAACUACUAUGGCGUUGGUGACAACCACCGCUGCCGCCGCCGCGAUAGCAAUAAGCAACCGCAGCCGGGCGGCGGGCUGGCCGCGCCGACACCAUCUCCAUGUGAUGUUCUCCCAAAAGUAUUUAAUAUUAGUAGACUACAAUGUCGGUGGCUUGCGCUCCACCCCGCCGUCUCACCGCCGCCACACCACUCUCUUCACUUUAACAACUAAUCGGUGAAAACAUGCUAUAAGCGUAUACACACAGUGAUUUCACAGUUUAUUAAUGUGGAGAAAGCGGUUGUGAGUAGCUCGGUCCUGGGUUUUACUUGUUCGCAAGACUUGAAUCAAAUGUCGCGUAAUAUUUUGUACUGAGUUGUUAUUUUUGUGUCGCUCGAGUCCGUGGCGAGUUGAUCUGUCCAACACAAAACAAUUAGAUCCGCGUCUGUUUUAGCGUUUUAACAUAGCCAUAGGGUAUAUUCUAUAUUGUAAUUUAGCGUUAGCUGUAUGUGGAUUGUGGACGUGUGACAGGGAUAGUUAGUGAGCGCGCCGCGGUGCCGGCGAGGUGCCGCCGCGUCGGCCCGAGGCAGCGCUGUUAAGGAAUUGCAAACCGGGACACGACUGCACAGCUCGUGGGGCGUCUUAGGAUUACUAUAUUUUUAUUUUUGACCUUUAGUUCCUUAUUCGCCGUGUAGCGGCGCCGUUGCUGUACGCGACUCUUCUCUAUAAAUUAUAUACUGUUUAGUGAGAUGUAUAUUAUUUUUGUGUGCUCGAGCGCGGGAUAUGUCCACACCGGUGUCGACACAUUAAACUUCGAUGAAGGUGGCCCGCGUUCGUGUCGCCUGUAUUUAUUACAGUGAAAACUAUAUUAUGUAUCCUACAAGAGUAGGCUAACGUUUAUUUUGACAAUUCAAAGCCGUGAGCUGAUGUCGAGUGUAAUAGUUUAGACUAGAUUAAUGAAACCUAACAUAUGCAGUGAGUUAUAGAGCGAUACGAGAGUUUUAGCUAUUAUUGACUAACUAUACAUAAGAGGCGCCGCUGGAGUCUUCGUUUUAACAUUCGGUCACAAAAUAAUGUUAUUAAAAUAAUAUAAGUGACUGCAAGUCGUUGUAGUCUUUCUAUUAAUGUACAGAUUGAGAAAUUAAUAUUACUAUUUGAAAGUAGAAGAGAGAUUUUGCGUCCCACAAUAAUUAUUACAUGUUUACAGCACAUAAUUAUAACAAUCCGCUCGGGACUCCGGUCGGUGCGGUGUUAAUUCGAGAAUAGAAUACAUAUUCUCAUAUAAAAUAGAACUUUUUAGAUACAUUAUUGUAAAAAAUCUGAUUCGUUGUAAGAUUCUAUGAAACACACGUUUGUUUCUUUUGUGUUUUCUUUUGUAUUCUAUAAAACUACUUUGGAGAUUAAUGUCAAAUAAAUAAUAUAAUGACGAA